AUGCUUUCGUCGUCAACAUCACUACCCACCAAGGGUAAAACCACUUCAGCGAGCAAGUCCACGAAUGUGUUUCACGCAGUGCAGGAACAAAACAGCACAGGUUGUACCUAUUGUAAAGGUCCCCACAAAAUAUAUAGUUGUGAUAAGUUUCGCAACCUGGACUCAAACGCGAAAUCGAAGUUUGUCAGAGAAGCGCGCGUGUGUACGAACUGCAUAAGCUCCGGUCAUUACAAGGCAAAAUGUAAUAGCUCCUCUGCUUGCAGGAUCUGCCAGCAACGUCAUCACACGCUGAUGCAUAAUGCCUCCUCUACGACUAACGUCACAACCACCGCUCAUUUUGUCAACAAUGCGUCUCCUGUCACGCCAUCCCCUCUCGCCGCGAAUGCCGCACUACAAUCAAACACAAACACUUCAUCCGCUAUCGCCUCGUCCACAGGCUCCGCUGCUGCAUGGACAUCCUCGUAUUUGAAUGCUAGCUCCAACCCGCCGCGUCCAAAAGACAGAACUGUGCUAUUGGCUACCGCCUUAGUCAAAGUCCGCGAUUGUUGUGGUCAUUGGCAAACCGCGCGCUUGCUGUUUGAUUCCGGCUCACAUGCGUCCUUCGUAACUGAGGCAUGUGUACAACGUCUAGGUCUACCACGAAAAGCGUCCGCAGUAUCCAUUACUGGCAUCGGUUCGUCGCAAGGAGGCCGCUCUAGAGGUGAGGUAUUACUUUCAUUGUCGUCUUAUUGUUUAGAUGAAUGCUUCCCUAUCAACGCGUUAUUCUUACCCAAGAUUACAAGCGACUUGCCCACACAGACUUUGUCAGUUUUAGCGUGGCCGCAUGUGCAAGGUUUAUUCUUAGCCGAUCCGCAGUUCAUGAAACCCGGGCGUAUCAACAUUCUGGUUGGUAUGGACGUCAUGCAACAGCUCCUUUGCUCAGAAGUCCGUAAGGGUCCACCUGGUACGCCGAUGACUCAGCGCACUGUCUUUGGUUGGACGCUAUUUGGAAGCGUCGACGGAAUAGAACCUGCUGCACCUCGCCUACAGUCGCUGCACUGCGAAGUCCAGUUGGAUAGAGCUCUUACUAGACUGUGGGAGUUAGAAGAAGCUCCGCAAAAGACCCACCUCACAUACGAAGAGCGUCACUGCGAAGAACUCUUCGAAACAACGCACCAAAGAGCACCUGACGGUCGCUUUGUUGUCGAACUGCCGCUGAAGACCGACGUACUUCUGGGCGAUUCGCGAAGUUAUGCUGUCCAAAGCCUACUACGCAUCGAGAGGCGCCUUGCUCGGGAUGACGACCUGCGGCUACGCUACAAUGAGUUCAUGCAGGAACUUCUCGACAUGAAUCAUAUGGAGCUCGCACCAGAAUCAACGAGUCAAAUGUUUUACAUGCCGCAUCACCCUGUUGUAAAGGAUUCGAGCGUUACCACUAAGCUGAGGGUCGUUUUCAACGCGUCGGCUAAAACUGCCACCGGAAAUUCGCUGAACGACGCAUUAUUUGUCGGUCCUCAACUGCAGCAGGACUUAUUUUCAAUUUUAACGCGUUUUAGAACGCAUCGCUAUGCACUGACCGCGGACGUUGCGAAAAUGUACCGCCAAAUAUGCGUAGCACCGAAGUACAUUGAUCUACAGCGAAUUGUAUGGCGUCGAGAUCCGAGUUUACCCAUACAAGACUAUCGUAUGCUGCGCGUAACUUACGGCGUGGCAGCCGCGUCUCAUCUAGCUGUGAGAUCGCUACAACAAACCGCAAAAUAUUCGCACAUUUGUGAGAAAGCUUCUGCUGUCAUCCACAAAGACUUUUACAUGGACGAUCUCAUCACUGGUACAUCGUCCAAAGAAGAGCUGCUACUUUUACAGCAAAAUGUCUCCGAAAUCCUGAAAGAAGGUGGCUUCGAGCUUCGAAAGUGGGCAUCGAAUUGUGCGGAACUUUGCGAAAAAAUAUCAAAUGCAUCGAAAACAAUAUCUCACUACUUAGUCGACGGUGAGGAUGUCCAUGCUUUGGGUCUAGUGUGGAAUACAGCAGAGGAUUACCUAACGUUCGUGGUUAAUUUGAAGAAGCCACCCGCUAUUUUAACGAAGAAAACCUUUCUAUCUGAUGCUAGCACUCUUUUCGAUCCUCUGGGACUGCUCGCUCCAGCGACGAUAAGAUCGAAAAUGUGGUUCCAGGAGAUUUGGCGUAACAAUGUGGUUGGGAUGACGUCAUUCCUGACUCUACUGCAAUGA